GUAGUUUCUUCCUACAUUUAUUAGUUAGCAUUUUCAAUGUUAUGUUUGUUUUUCACAUUCUCUUUUCCGUUUGUUUUGGUGCUCCUCUUCAACUUGUCCUAAUCUUAUCUUCCCAUAUUUUUCUCCGUAUUUUUUGGCUUAAAACAUCUAAAGGGUUCGGAAUAUUUUACCAGAAAAGUAGUUCUCGUAGUGGCUCUAGACCAAUCCAGUUUUCUGUGCAUAUUGAUAUUGGUAUUCUUUCUCUGAAUCUCAAAAGAGAAGGUCAAGUUUCUAAGAGAGACUACCAAGAAGAACAUGAAAAUUCAGUGUGAUGUGUGUGAGAAAGCUCCAGCAACGGUGAUUUGUUGCGCUGAUGAGGCUGCUUUGUGUGCCAAAUGUGAUGUUGAAGUUCAUGCUGCAAACAAGCUUGCAAGCAAGCACCAGAGGCUUCUCCUUCAAUGUUUAUCAAACAAGCUUCCAAGAUGUGACAUAUGCCAAGAUAAGGCAGCUUUCAUAUUUUGUGUUGAAGACAGAGCACUCUUCUGUAAGGACUGUGAUGAAUCGAUUCAUUUAGCCGGUAGUCUUUCUGCAAACCACCAGCGAUUCCUUGCUACCGGUAUCCGGGUUGCUUUGGGUUCUAAUUGCACCAAAGGCAAUGAAAAAAGUCACAUGGAACCAUCAAAUCCAAAUGCAAAAGAAGUUCCUGUGAAAAUUCCUUCUCAGCAAGUGCCUAGCUUCACAUCCUCUUGGGCUGUUGAUGACUUACUGGAAUUAACAGACUUUGAAUCCCCAGACAAAAAGCAAUCCCUGGAGUUUGGAGAGCUGGAAUGGCUAGCAGAUGUAGGUCUUUUCAGUGAACAGUUUCCUCAGGAAGCUUUAGCUGCAGCUGAAGUACCUCAGCUUCCAGUAACACACACUAGCAAUGUUGCCUCAUACAAAGCCUUUAAGUCCCAUAUGUCUCACAAAAAGCCUAGGAUUGAAGUCCUAGGUGAAGAUGAUGAUGAUGAUGAGCACUUCACUGUGCCUGAUCUUGGUUAAAGCACACUUUCCAUCUGGACAGUUGCAUGAAUCUGUUAGAUUGAUGAGUUGUAUAUGCAAUGCAUAUAUAAUAGGUGUAGAUGAUGAUGAGCACUGCACUCUACAUGAUCUUGGCUAAAGCGCAUGAAUCUGUAGAUUAAUGAGUUGUAUAUGCCACUCUUCUCUAAGGGAAGAUAAGCUUUGAAGUAUGUUGACUAGUUGUGUGGUGUGAAGUUGAUAAAUAUCACAUUUAAGGAGUUUCAAAUAGCUUAGAAUUAUACUUUAGGGGAUUAAAUUUUCCUUGGUCUUUAUGAUCAUUGUUUAUAUCCUCUAAAGGCGCUCACACCCUCCAUACGAACUUGGAUGGUUAAUUUCAUGUGUAUGCUUGUCUUGAAUUUGCGGAGUAUAAUUUGGGUGUCAGGCA